UGACAUAUUUAAGUUACGAAUAUAUCAUAUGGAUAUAUUUAUGUGGACAGAUUUAUACCAAUUACGUAAGACGAUGGACUCAAGCACACAGUCGUGAAGACUCGGUCGAAACAUGGGGCAAAACGAGAUAGUUACAACACCGUACAAGGUGGAGAGUUCGGAUGAACUAGGCCGAUAUAUGGUCGCGACCAGAGACCUGAAGCCCGGAGAUCUGGUCUUGACCGAAAGGCCACUGGUCUUCGCUCCAAAAGCUAUGCCAGAUCCGGAAGCGCAGAUGCCUUGUGUUGGCUGUUAUAAGCCUGUAUUCACAGACAUAGGAGAAAGAUGUGCUAAAUGCGGCUGGCCAGUGUGCAGCGGCAAUUGUCCUGGUUUAGUAGACCCUCAACAUCACGGGGUUGAGUGUGCCGUGUUAAGUACCCGCCCUGAUUGUGUACUUGACAACAUGGCCGAUUACUACAGGCAUGAUGCUUUACUUCCAUUGAGAUGUAUUCUUCUACAAAAUACUGAACCGGAGAAGUGGAAAAGCGUAUUGGAUAUGCAAUCACACAUGGAGUGCAGAGGACCUGGUACUGAGGCUUACGAAGAAGCUAAUGAAUUCAUCGUUGAAUAUCUACUUGCGAAUUUUAUUAGUAAACUUGAUAAAAAUAUCAAAGAUAAAUAUUUAACAGAUAUUUCUAAGGAUCUUAUUCAUAGGAUCUGCGGCAUUAUUGAUACGAAUGCAUUAGAAAUACGUUUACCCGAAGGUGCAGAACUUCAAGCUUUAUACGCGAAUACUUGCAUCUUAGAGCACAGUUGUAUUCCGAACACGAAACAUACAUUUAACCAAACGUGUGCAGACAAAAAUGAUUUGUAUAGAAUAACUGUUAAAGUCGUAGUUCCAAUAAUGAAAGAAGAACAUAUCACAACUAUGUAUAGCCAUGCGUUAUGGGGAACAGAAGCUAGAAGACAACAUUUGAAAGACACCAAAUAUUUCUCUUGCAAAUGUCCAAGAUGCAGCGACCCAACUGAAUUGGGUACCUAUUUAAGUGCUAUGAAAUGUUUUGGUGAUGGAAAUAAACCUUGUAAUGGGGUGCACCUACCGCAAAAUCCGUUAGAUGAUGAUACUGAAUGGGCUUGUAGCGAAUGCCCAGUCAAAGUUAACAAUUCACAGAUAAAUAUGCUGAUAUCUCAAAUGGGCGAAGAAGUAGACGGUGUACUAAUGAUGGGUGGUUCAGUGCCGAUGCUGGAGAACCUCCUUUGUAGAUUAUCAACGUUCUUACAUCCGAAUCAUUAUCACUUAUAUUCAUUAAAACAUUCUUUAAUCCAACUUUAUGGGAGACAACCAAAUUAUAUGUCCGAGGAAAUUUUAGAUAAAAAAAUAAAAAUGUGCAAAGAUCUAAUUGAAAUUACGACUACUUUAGAUCCUGGUAAUGCUAGAUUGAGUUUAUAUAGUUCGGUGUUACAACAUGAAUUACACUCCGCCUUAAUUCUAAAAGCGAAAAAGGUCAAAAGUGACGGUAGUUUCAAAACUGCUGAAGAAGUUAAACCAUUACUUCUUGAAGCCAAAGUUUGUAUUGAACGUGCUUUAGAAGUAUUGAAAGAUGACAUGGAAGAAACAUCGGGAAGAAAACUGUAUGAUGUAAUAGAAGAAAGUAAAAAGAACUUCGAAAAAUUCUGCAAAGAAAAAGAUAUUUCUUUAUAAAGGAAUUUAUUAGGCAAUGUUAUAAAUUACAAGU